AUGUUCCCCGUAUUCAACGCUGGUCACGUCCAAUGUUCCCCGUAUUCAACGCUGGUCACGUCCAAUGUUCCCCGUAUUCAACACUGGUCACGUCCAAUGUUCCCCGUAUUCAACGCUGGUCACGUCCGUUCCCCGUAUUCAAUGUCACGUCCCCCGUAUUCAACACUGGUCACGUCCAAUGUUCCCCGUAUUCAACACUGGUCACGUCCAAUGUUCUCCGUAUUCAACGCUGGUCAAGUCCAAUGUUCCCCCAUAUUCAACAUUGGUCAAGUCCAAUGUUCCCCAUAUUCAACGCCGGUCAAGUCCAAUGUUCCCCAUAUCCAACGCUGGUCAAGUCCAAUGUUCCCCGUAUUCAACGCUGGUCAAGUCCAAUGUUCCCCGUAUUCAACGCCGGUCAAGUCCAAUGUUCCCCAUAUUCAACAUUGGUCAAGUCCAAUGUUCCCCGUAUUCAACGAUGGCCAAGUCCAAUGUUCUCCAUAUUCAAUGCUGGUCACGUCCAAUGUUCCCCAUAUUCAACGCCGGUCAAGUCCAAUGUUCCCCAUAUUCAACGCCGGUCAAGUCCAAUGCUCCCCAUAUUCAACGCCGGUCAAGUCCAAUGUUCCCCAUAUUCAACGCUGGUCAAGUCCAAUGUUCCCCGUAUUCAACGCUGGUCAAGUCCAAUGUUCCCCGUAUUCAACGAUGGCCAAGUCCAAUGUUCUCCAUAUUCAAUGCUGGUCACGUCCAAUCUUCCCCAUAUUCAACGCCGGUCAAGUCCAAUGUUCCCCAUAUUCAACGCUGGUCAAGUCCAAUGUUCCCCGUAUUCAACGCUGGUCAAGUCCAAUGUUCCCCGUAUUCAACGCUGGUCAAGUCAAAUGUUCCCCGUAUUCAACGCCGGUCAAGUCCAAUGUUCCCCGUAUUCAACGCCGGUCAAGUCCAAUGUUCCCCGUAUUCAACGCUGGUCAAGUCAAAUGUUCCCCGUAUUCAACGCCGGUCACGUCCCACGUCCCAGGCUGA